CCCGCGCUUCGCUCGCCGCCGCAGCGCCCCGCCCCGCCCCCACGCUCCGGACCUGGGUUGGCGGCGGCCGCUCGGCCGCUCCCGGGGCCACAUGGCUGAGGGGGACGCAGGGAGCGACCAGAGGCAGAAUGAGGAAAUUGAAGCAAUGGCAGCUAUCUAUGGCGAGGAAUGGUGUGUUAUUGAUGACUGUGCCAAAAUAUUUUGUAUUAGAAUUAGCGACGAUAUAGAUGACCCCAAGUGGACCCUUUGCUUGCAGGUGAUGCUACCAAAUGAAUACCCAGGAACGGCUCCACCUAUUUAUCAACUGAAUGCUCCUUGGCUUAAAGGGCAAGAACGUGCAGAUUUAUCGAAUAGCCUUGAGGAAAUAUAUAUACAGAAUAUUGGUGAAAGCAUUCUUUAUCUAUGGGUGGAGAAAAUAAGAGAUGUUCUAAUACAAAAAUCUCAGAUGACAGAACCAGGCCCCAAUGUAAAGAAGAAAACUGAAGAGGAAGAUGUAGACUGUGAAGAUGAUCUUAUUUUAGCGUGUCAACCAGAAAUUCCUGCGAAAGCAUUGGAUUUUGGUAUCACUGAAAAUCGAACAGAAAUAGAAGAAUUACCUCCGAUUGAUCAUGGCAUUCCUAUUACAGACCGAAGAAGUACUUUUCAGGCGCACUUGGCUCCAGUAGUUUGCCCCAAACAGGUGAAAAUGGUUCUUGCCAAAUUGUAUGAGAAUAAGAAAAUAGCUAGUGCCACCCACAACAUCUAUGCAUACCGAAUAUAUUGUGAGGAUAAACAGACCUUCUUACAGGACUGUGAGGAUGAUGGGGAGACAGCAGCUGGUGGGCGUCUUCUCCAUCUCAUGGAGAUUUUGAAUGUGAGAAAUGUCAUGGUGGUAGUAUCACGCUGGUAUGGAGGAAUCCUACUAGGACCAGAUCGCUUUAAACAUAUCAACAACUGUGCCAGAAAUAUACUAGUGGAGAGGAACUACACAAAUUCACCGGAGGAAUCAUCUAAGGCUUUGGGAAAGAACAAAAAAGUAAGAAAAGACAAGAAGAGGAGUGAACAUUAAUACCUAAAAUUGUAUGCCAGGUUAAAUUCCCUAUCAUUGUUCACAAAUUCCACAGUCAUCAAGGAAUAUUGUUCAGAGAAGAUCCUGGACUGUUCAAGUCAGCCAACCAUUGUGGACACCAGCAUUAUAUUUUCUUCUUUGGUUAUAUCAUCUGCCAAAAAUAGAGAACUUCUGAUACAUUCAUAUGUAUUUCAGGCUGAUUCAGAAGAAUUAAUUUGAACUUAAUUGCCACUUCAUCUAAUAUGGGGAUGGUAACAGUUGCCCAGGGCAGUACCUGAAUUAACUGUCCAUUUCAGUACGUGUCAAGUGCCUUUGUUAGGUGGGGAAGAAAGGUCUUGAGAGAAGUAUAAAUACCUGAUACCUUGUCAUUGGGAUUCUUAUUAUGUUAAAUGAAUAUUGCCUUUUACUGCUCUUUAUGGCUUAUUGGAAUAGGAACUCAUUGCAGAUUGAUCUUGGAGAGUUUCUUCUUGUGAUUUUGGUUCACAGUAAGUCACCUUUCAUUUUAUAGUGUUCAUUAUUGAGUAAUGAUUAAGCAAAAAUCAAGGAGUAUCCAUCUGCAGUUACAUGCUGAAGUAAUAAUUUAUCUGCCAUAUUUGUUAGCAUAAGUGUUAUGCUCCAGUUUCUGUUGCAAAUUGGUGAUUGUGAAAUUUCAAAAUGUGAUUUUCUAGCCUCUACUUUUUUGUUUAAUUCUUGUAAAGCAGUAGAUAUGGAGUGUCAGUAGUCUUCUCCUACCUGUGAAAUAUGUUAGUGUAAUAUUUUGUUUUUGGUUGGUUUUGUUUUUGUUUUUGUUUUUUUUUAACAUCCUGGAAAUCCCUUUCUUGUGAUAUUCAUUGAAGAAUUAGGACGACACUAGAAGCUCUGCUGCAGUUCACAAGUGUUUAUGGAAGGGGAUAGAGGUGGGAAAACCCCACUGGUAUGGGGCCAGAGCACAUCAUCAGAUAGUUAUGUAAGUGUGAUGCAGUAUCUCAUCUGCAUUCCAGCUAUCUUUCUCAACUCCGUGACUUUGUGGAGAAAAGGAACAAAUGUUUUGGUUGGAAAAACAAAGUCCCUCUUUUUUUCUAUUCUUACCAGAUCUUCCUUUACAUCAGUGUUUUAUGUUCCUUCUUUCAUCUGUAAUAUAUGCCCUUACUUCUAGGCAUCUAGAUUAUACACUUAUCUUUGAAAUACAACAGUAAGUUAUAAACUGUUCCCCUUUAGACAUGAUUGCAAACUGUUAUUGAAAGUUAUUAAUUAUUUGCAGAUUUGCCUAAGAUUCUCUUCCAAAAGGAGGGAACAGAAGUUCAGAGGCAACUUGGAAUGGUGCUUGCAUCAUGGAGAGCAUCACAGAAGAGUGGACACAGAUACUCUUUUCUGUUCCCUUGAUGUCUUGCCUUUAAAAGACCCAACAUCCUUAUUUGGUGUUUUUAAUAAAAACCUAGUAAAUGGCUUUACACUAGAAUGGAUUCUGAGAAAUAAAAUCCAAGUCCUAUUUGUUGUAAAUAUGUCUAAUGUUGCCAAUGAUCAGGAGUCCUCAGAGGAUAUGUGAAGUGUAUGUAUUUACACACAUAAAUACUUAGAUAUAUAUAUAUAAAUAAAAAACACUUACCUCAGAUUCCAUGAAAAGUUAAGUAUGUCCUAUGGUAUUACCUGUUAAAUGAGAAAUUGAAGACCAUCAAUUAACAUUAAAGUAAUUUCACAAUUUUGGCAUGUCUAACUUUGUAAAAGAAGAUAUAAAACAGGAAGUAUUUGGUGCUGCAGGAAAAUUGAGUUAAUUUUUCUACAACACCAAAUUUGAAUUUCUUUCUUGCUGUUUCAUCUCAUAGUUAUUUAGGUCUUUAUAAAAAACAUUUAUAACCGUGAUCUCAUUUUCCCUUAUUUAAAAAAAUCUUAUUUUCGCUUUUUUCUACAAAAUGAUUAGCCACAUUUUCCUGACUGAAGAAAACCUAAUCUCCUUUGCCCAGAAUCAGUUCGCUAGUAGGGAAAGAUCCCAGAGUAUCCAAUUCUGGAAUCUGAGUUGUUUACACUCAACCAUUAUGGACCCCAACUAAUGAAAGCAUCUUUUUCUCUAUUUAAAAUUUCUCUCUAUUAGAGGGCUUUCAGAUUCUCCAAACAAUAAUUUUCUAUAGCCAGAUCUAUGCUGUGGCAUAUUUUAUAGUAUAUUGUAUUAGUUAAAAAUAUUCUUCAUAUGCCAGUAUGUAAGAGCAAGUAGCAUCUACUUUUUAAGUGGGAAAAGCAGUAUGAUUUGGAGGUAUAUAUCAUGAAACAGACUAUUUGAAAGAAAAGAAUUGUAUCAAGCUAAUCAUACCCAAGAAAGAAUACAUGAAACGAUACUGUUUGGAGGACAGGUGAAAUUUACUGGGAAAAUUGUAUAAUCACUUCUAAUUCUACUAUCUAGAGAUAACCAUUAUUAACAUUUGCUAUGUACAUCCUUCUAUUUUUUUCCUAUGCAUGAUUUUGUAUAUAUGGCUAUUUUUCUUUCCAUAAAAUGGUAUUAAACUGUAUAUACUGUUUUGUAUCCUGCAUAUUUCAUAUAGAAGUAUAUUGUUAACAUUUUCCCAUGUCAAUAAAUAUUCUUCUAUGGCUUAA